UCCAAACAAAUCCACAUUAAUAUCUUUAUCAUUUGCUUUUGAAAGAAUUAGCAACUCUUCAGAAUUUUCCAACCCUAGUUUUUGAAAGAAGACAUGGCAAACAAAUCUUACGAGGAGGCCAUUGUUUCACUCCAGAACCUUCUCAGUGAGAAGGAAGAACUUGGACCGGUUGUUGCAGAUAGAAUUGAUGAAAUCACAGCUGAAUUACAACCAAGCAGCAAAAAGUCCAACGCUGUUCAGAGGAUCAAGUGUGGCUUUAUGUAUUUCAAAACUGAGAUAUAUGACAAAAACCAAGAAUUGUUUGAUAAACUCAAGAAAGGCCAGGAACCAAAGUUUUUGGUGUUUGCGUGCUCGGAUUCACGAGUGAGCCCAUCCCAUGUGCUUAACUUUCAGCUCGGUGAGGCUUUUAUGGUUCGAAACAUCGCCAACAUGGUCCCUCCUUAUGACAAGCUUAGGUACUCGGGAACUGGAGCUGCAAUCGAAUACGCUGUUAAACGUCUUAAGGUGGAAAACAUUCUAGUCAUUGGCCACAGUACCUGUGGAGGUAUCAAGGGUCUCAUGAAUCUUCCAGAAGAUGGUUCUGAAUCAACUCAUUUUAUUGAGAACUGGGUGAAAAUUGGAUUACCUGCCAAGGCCAAGGUGCUUGCUGAGCAUUGGGAUAAAAGUUUUGACGACCAGUGCAAAUACUGUGAGAAGGAAGCUGUGAAUGUAUCACUAGCCAACUUGCUGACAUAUCCAUUUGUGAGAGAUGGUUUGGUGAAUAAAACAUUAGCAUUGAAAGGAGGUUACUAUGAUUUCAUUAAAGGAGAAUUUAAGCUUUGGGGACUCCACUUUGGUCUCUCUCAUCCUUGUUCUAUCUGAUUUCAGCUACCAUUUCGAGUGGGAGAAUGACACUUCUUGUUCUUUCUUUUUCUUCUUGUUGUAUUCCUCUAUAUAGUUUAAAUAUCUAAAUAAAUAAAAGAGAAAGUGGACAAGGACUCUCCCAUUUUAUUAUGGUAGAAGACAAGGUGGUGAUUUUUUUUUGUAAUAAUAAUAAUGAUAAUAAUAAUGUCUCUGUUCUGCAGAGGGAAUUGUAAUAAAUAAUAUUGGAGCAACUAAUUUGUUCUA